AGCAGUCAUCGGCCCCGUUUGGCACAGUGCUGUGAUUUUUAAUUAAUGUACAAGAUAAAUUCUGUCGUAGACUAUGGAAAUUGCAUAACAAAGAGCCCCGUAGAGUCGGCCAUAGUGUUGAUGCACGGUAGUCUUAAAUUCAAAUAAUUUGAAAAUAUGGUUUUUAUCUUAAUAUCGGUUUGCUCCAAACCUUGGAAGCCUUGGAAUACGGUCGCAGUCGAGCUCAAGGCAUUGUCCGUGUAAAUUUUUAUUAACUAAACCGUACAAACUAUACAACCUAGAUUGAUAAUAUGACGUACGGCGUUAACGAGGCGUCCUUGUCUGACAAGCUCGAUGUGUACCACAUUUGGCAUGCAAUAGCAAAUUUAAACGAUUCAAAGGGUCGUCUGACGUGUUGCAACACAUAAAAGAAAGCAAAACUCCAUCAUUAACUACCUUUAUUUUCUAAAUGGUGAAUAGUACCGGUAGUCGAUUAAUAAUAAUUAAAGUGGAUAUUCAGUAUAUAUUAAUUUUCUUUCAACAUAUGCUUGAGAUAUUUUUUAUGCUUAAAAAACACCGUUUUUAUUGUUAAAAAUUCUGAUUUCACAUUAGUAAAUGAGGAUUUCAGUUAAAUAUGAUCAAUACAGAUAUUAAUAUUCUUUAAUAAUUCUGAAUGACUUUGUUAAAAUUGUAGAAAUACUGAAUAAUGUAAUUUCACAUACUGAAGUGCUAUUUAAACGGUAAUUUUCUUGAUGCCGGCGGAGUGCAUCUCCAACCCGUUGCAACGGGAAUUGGCUGAUUCGAUUAUUCGGAUGCAACCUCUCGAUGAAAUUCGAAUUUUACUAGCUUGUGGUGCUAAAGCCAACGAGCCAGUCACUCAAGGACUAAGACCUCUGCAUUAUGCCGUUUGGCAGAGGUACGAAGACGCAGCUCAAUUACUCCUUGUGCGCGGUGCAGACAUAAACGCGACUGACGAGUGCGGAUAUUCCGCUCUACAUCUUGCGGCUGAACAUGGGUACCUCAAUUUGGUGAAAUUACUUCUGAAGCAUGGCGUUAAAGUGGAUCACCGAGAGGACACAGGGGAACUUUUUCCUCGGACCAUGCUGUGUGAUGAGCCCUUGCGACUUGCGCUCCGAAAUCGCCAUAUAGACGUGGCGAAAACUUUGCUGGAAGCUGGCGCUAAUCCAAACAAGAGGUACUUCUUUGGGUCGGAGAUCAACUUGGUAUCACCUCUAGAUUUAGAGUGUAUGGAACUGCUGUUGGCCUUCGGUGCUCAGCCAAAUACGCGAGAUCGAGCAGGAUUAACACCGUUGAUGAAGGCAGCGAGAUUACCGCAGGGUAUAACGUCGGUAUUAUUGUUGUUGAGCUACGGAGCGGACGUUAAUGCGGUGACUGACACCAGGCAUGAUUAUCGAACCGUCUUGCAUUACGCAGUACUUGGAGGUGACCCAGCUGUCAUCAAUCUUCUGAUAAAACAAGGCGCUAGAUUGGACCUUGGCCCUGACUACCAAAAACCCACGGCCUUGGAUUUAGCUAUUCUGAAGGGAGAUCCAACAAUGGUGGAAAUGUUGUUGCGAGCAGGCGCAGAUGUAAAUGCAACUUCACCGAUAAUUGGAUCUCCCCUCCAUGUUGCCUGCGCGGACAACAUCCCAAAUCGUUUGGAAAUUCUUUGCAUGUUGCUUGAACGCGGUGCCGAUCCAAAUCGAAUGAUAAGAAGCGAUGAUGGCCCGGCUCUGAGACCAGUACUUGCAGAAUACGUCGCUUCCAACGAAAAUCCUUCUGUAGAAGUUGUCGCUUUGUUACUGAAGUAUGGGGCGCGAGUGGUGAUCAAAACUCAAUUUCGCGAUCCGCAUGGAAUCUUAAAUUCCCUUCAAAACACAGCAAAUAAGCCACGAUUGCUGAAAGCACUCCUAGAAGCUGCAGAAAGCUUUGAUCCUUGUAUGAUUCGACGGUCCAGUAGCUUAACAGAUGCUCAGAGGGCGGUGGUUAUGGAGGCUGCGAGGAAUCCGUUACCGCUAACGCAUCAAGCCAGGCUAAUAGUUCAUAAGUUGUGCGGCAUGAAAUUACCGAAAAUCGUUAGGGAACUUCAACUUCCACAGACCUUACAACGCUACCUCCUUUACGAUUUCCAUUAGAUGAACUUACUUCGCGUCUAGUUUAUAAAUCAAUGUAAGAAAGAGCGCAUUAACGUGCGUGCAGGCAGUUAUUCUCCCUCUAUCUACAGAGAGACCGUAUAAUCCCGUCCAGUCUGACUUACCAUGUGUGCAGUCUUUCUGUGAAGUUAUGUACAUUCGUUUCUAAGUUUAUAAUCAUUUUUUAAGUCUUCUAAGAGUGUACCUGAUUCGAUUAAACCUAAAAACUGUACCGUA